AAUAAUAAUAAUUAUCAGGGAUAUCAGGUUUCUGGGUUUCUGUUACAGCAGUAACAGUACCAAAUUUCCUGUUUUACCUUCUGACAUCAAUGGUUUCUGCAAUUAACAAUUAGACAACCGUCAACAUUUACUAGUUAUCAUAUGGUCAUGGUUAAUUGUUAGUUAUUUUAAUGGUUAUGUUGCAGCAAAGAUUGUAAAAUACGUUACAGUCAUUUAUAGAUAAACAUGGUCUAAACCACUUUAUUAUUGUACGUUCAAUUACACUAAAAUAUUGAAAUGUUCAGUAUUUAAACACCACAAAAAUAUUGAAUAGAAUCACAGAAUAUGUCUGAUACAAAGGCUCCGUUACUUUCAGAAGAUAUCCUAGCUUUCGGAGAAGAAGAUAAUGUCCAGCCGGAGAAGUUACUACAUCCAUAUGUAACAUUUUUUCAUUUAUGUUUUCGUGUUACAUCAAUAGUUGCUUACAUUAUGUGUGGUUGGUUUAGCAGUAGUUUCAUUACAAGCUUUGUUGUUGUUGUUAUAUUACUUUCAAUGGAUUUUUGGACAGUCAAAAAUAUCACUGGUAGACUUAUGGUUGGAUUACGUUGGUGGAAUUAUGUAGAUGAAGAUGGAAAUUCACACUGGGUUUAUGAGUCAAAACAGAAUCGUACAAAUGAGAGAGAAACAAAAAUAUUUUGGAUUGCUCUGGUAUUAACACCGUUUAUUUGGACAGUAUUUUUUAUAGUAGCAUUAUUUGGCUUUGAAAUAAAGUGGUUGUUAUUGGUUGUAAUUGCGCUUAUUUUGAGUACUGCCAAUUUGUAUGGAUAUGUAAAAUGUAAGAUUGGACAAAAAGAAAGUAUUGCAAGUGCUACAGGCAAUUUUUUUCGAAAGCAAGUCUUACAAAAUGCAGCAUCAAUGGUAAUAACACAAACAUCUACUUCCACUGCGGCCCCUUCAAUGCAAGGCAACGUCAUAUAAUUUUAUUGUUAAAUUUGAAAUAAAUAAAGUAUACUUCUAUAUAACCUCUA